GAGAACUGGGAAAAUGGAAAACACAAGAUAAAAACGUGAAGUCCUCUGGUCGAAAUUCCGUGGAAGCAAUCUGGUAUCUGGUGAAAAGGGACGUCAGGCGAGAGUGACAGGAUGCCGGGCAAGGUGGGUGUCAAGAUCAAGGCGGCGCGCAACCUGCCGGUGAUGGACAAGUCGAGUGAGACGACGGACGCAUUCGUGGAGAUCAAAUUGGCCUCGGUGACCCAUAAAACAGAUGUGUUCCGCAAGAGUUUGAAUCCCACCUGGAACACGGACUGGUUCCGCUUCGAGGUGGACGAUGCUGAGCUCCAGGACGAGCCACUACAAAUCCGACUGAUGGACUACGACACUUACUCCGCCAACGAUGCCAUCGGCAAGGUGAACAUCAGCCUGAAUCCUUUGUGCCUGGAGAGUUCUAGUCAGGCGGUGCACGGCAAGGGCACCGUGCUCUCCGGCUGGAUUCCGGUCUUCGACACGAUGCACGGCAUUCGCGGCGAGAUCAAUGUGAUCGUCAAAGUGGAUCUCUUCUCGGACGUGAACAAGUUCCGGCAGAGCUCCUGCGGCAUCCCCUUCUUCCACUCCCAGUGUGUGCCAUUUGGCUACCGUGCGCAAGUGAUUCACGGCUUUGUCGAGGAGCUGGUGAUCAACGAUGAUCCGGAGUACCAGUGGAUAGACAAAAUUCGCACGCCCCGUGCUUCCAACGAGGCCCGACAGGUGGUAUUCCUGAAGUUGUCGGGCCAGGUGCAGCGGAGAAUGGGCCUGAAGGCCAUUAAUAUGGGCGCUAAUGCCGUCAUCGGCUAUACCCAGUGCUUCGAUCUGGAGGGAGAUGUGGGCGUGGUCGCACGAGGCAUAGGAACAGCCGUCACGCUGAUCAAGGACACCAGCACCACUCAGCCAAAUAGCGCGGAUGUUGCCCUCAUUGAAGAACUUACACAAAAGUAUCUAGACUUCCUCAACUGUGCGGGGGCGAGCAGCUCGAGUCUGCCGCUUUCCGGCCGCACGCCCCAAUAUCGACUCAAUAUAUAUAGGGAACCUAGCUCGUCGGCGCCUUCAUCAGCGGCAGCGGCGGCAGCAGCAACGAUGUUUUACCUGGAGAGUGCCAGCAGCGAUACGGAGGAUGCGGAAUUAAUGCAGGAUCUCAUUCGGCAGGAAGACGAGCGUGGCGAUAAGAGUCGCGAAAAGAAGCUGCGACACCGUAUGCGCCGCCUGACGCUCUCCUCGAGUAAGGUGUUCAGCCAGAAAUAUGCCACGCUUAUUCGUCGGAUUGAACCGAAGAUCCCCGAGAAUGCUACGCAAUCGUUGAGCAGCAUCUUUGGAGGAGCAUCAGCAGCUAGCUCGAGUUUUAGGCGCCGACGCAAAUCGCGCUUCGCCGCAUCGACUUCAAAGUCGUCCAUUCCCCCGUUUAUAGUGCGCUCCAUCAGCAGCGAUGCAGGCGUUCGUCCUGGCCAUGCGCCCGUCAAGAGUUUCCUCACGGUGCCCGGUUUGACGGAGUAUCAGGAGAAUACGCGUUCGGCACCUGACUUGCCAGGGGAUGAGUUUAAGGCGAAGACCCGUCCGUCAUCUAAUUACUCCACUGACUCAGAGGAGUCUUUGCAAAUGGAUCUGGAAAUAGCUGCGCCCGAUAGCAAUGGUGAGGACUCCCCGGAAGAGGAGAAUCUGCAGGAUAAUUGGAUUAAGCCGGGGGAGACUCGCAGCUGCGAGAAUAGCCAGCAGGAUUUGGGACCCAGACACCACAAUCUGCUCGAGGACCUGAAGGGUUUCUCGCGUCGCCUGCAAAAGAUGAUGCAUCUGAAGCCCAAGGAUAGCGAGUUAGAGAAGACGCCGAAGCUUCCGUUUGUGCCCUCGCUGGAACGCAAACCGUACUACAGCUCACAACCGGAGUUGCCCACCUGCUCCGAUGAUUGGCUGGGAUCCAGUCUCAGUGGAUCCACGUCCAUGCUGCAGUUGAACUUCCUUCCCAGUUACGAGAAGACCAUGCAGCGCAGUGCCUCCCUGAAUCAUUUGGUGGCGCCCGAAACUCCUGUACCUCCCAACACGUUGCUGCUGAAGGCGCCCGAGCUUCGCGUCUGCCCCUCGACACCCACUCCCACCCAGUCCGAUCUAGUUGCCUUCGAUUAUAAUAACCCCUCUUACCUUGCCCAAUUAGAUCAAUCUGUAAAUAUUGCUAAUAGUACUAACCAUAGUAACCACAAUAAUGAGUCAUCAUUGCUUGCUCCAUUCGCCAUUCGACAACAAAACCAACCACGCGAACUUAGACCCAGCACUGAGCUCCAACAGCAGCCAGGUUCAGCAGGGGUAGCCGGAAGCACUGGACCAUCCAAUAUACCCACAACUGUGGAGGGCAGCAGUCCCAAUCUGAAGCGAUUUGCUUCGCCGGUGAGCAGCAACCGGAUGAAACUGACGCCCAGCCCCUCGAAGAGCGGCAUCUCGGCGACCACAAAUGCGGAUAGUGCCUCCACGUCCACCGCCUCGACGGCCACGACCAUGGUGCCGGUCACCGUCGGCGAGAUCUGCCGAAGAUCCUCCGACUCCGACUUGAGUGUCACGCCCAAAGGAAACUCUAUUUGUGUGGCCAGUGAGCGCUUGGUGGCAGCCACAGCUAUGAUGCGUCUAACGCAACCGGCGGUGGGAGCCAAACCUGGAACAGCGGCCGACAGCCUGGAUAUGUUGGAGUAUCCCUUCCUGACCAUGACAAAGUACCCAACUGGUUUUAUACUUCAUUUGGGUGCCACUGUUGCAGCACGUUCUGUAAAGCUGCUGGAGCGAGUGCCCAAUCCGGAUGAGCCGGAGGUACGCGACAGCUGGUGGACAGAGCUGCGCAUGGAGAUCCGAUCGCAUGCCCGUUCCCUGGGCUGCAAUGUAGUGCUCGGCUAUGCGGAGACCACAACCAUUUCUGACGAUGUCUGCGUAUUAUCUGCAACUGGAACGGCGGCAGUGAUCAACAUGGUGUUCAAUCGAUCUGUAUCUCAAACCGAUAUCUUCACCAUGUCCAAGGCAGCCGCCAGUGUGGCGGGCAUGACGAAUUCCGUGGAGGAAGGCAAUGGAAGCAGCGCCGGAGAUACGAGCAUUGGCAAGGACAGCGGUUCUCUGGGCACCGGGAAUAGUUCUGGGGGAAAACGUUAUGGACUUCCCCCACUUAAUGGACCGCGGAACGCCUGUGCCAUCUGCCACAUACCCUACAACCUAAGCUCCGUUCCCUUCAACGUGAAGAUGAAGAAGUGCGCCGUGUGCCGCAAGGGACGAGUACCGGACGUUCUCCUGGCCACGCUUGAAGUGCCUGAGUUUAUGCAGGUCACCGGGCGUGGUUGCUUCAUGCAGGCCCAAGUGGUGCGCGCCAAAAGAGAUCUGCGUGCGGAGCUAAAUGCCAAGGAGAUUUCCGAUGGGCUGCCCUUCCUGGAGUACGAACUGCAUCGUGUGCUGAUCAACAAACUGAAGGCGAAGGGCAUGAAUGCUAUUUUUGGGCUACGCACCCAGGUGGCAAUUGGAGAGCGCAUGAUAGCGUUGAUAGCCACGGGAACGGCUCUAUUUCUAACUGCUCUGCCGGUGCCGCAGGUGCCGAAGAUCGUGGCCGGUAAUUCGUGGACCGAUAAGCAAAAGCUGAAUGAACUGCAGAAGAAGUUGCAAGAGACGUUUGAACGCAACCAGGAGAUCUAUCAGCUGAAAAGCUUGGAUCCUGACUUGACAGCCAAUGCGGGAGGGACAGCCGCCUCCGGCGCCUCUGCCGAUAAACAAUCGGAUACAGACGACUCAGAUGAGGAAGAGAUGAACGAGAUCGAUCUGAACUGCGGCAACAAAGAGCUGUGUGUCCUGGAGGUGGAUGAUAUCGAGGACUUGGAAAUCAUAUCGCUGUUAAUGGAACCAUAUCCGCCGGAAGGUUUCCAUGUGGUCAAUACACAGCAGGUGCCGGGCAUGCUGGAAAUGGACACAGUCAAGAAUCUGCAAAUGUUCACCCAAGUGUGGCGCGCUCGUCUCGAGGUGGGACAAAGUGUUAACGGGUUCCCAAAACACUUUCAGAGACUGCUGCAGACCAUUUACUUUAAGCUGCGCACCAUGAUACCCUGUGCCAUAUGCGAUCUUCGCUUUCGACUGGAUCUGCCUGAGUCGGAUCAAAUUCAACUGCUAGUCACUGGCAUGGCCAUGGGUCUCAGCGAUGCCAAUAAAAUGAAGUACCGAGGUCGUGGCCGGCCGGCUCAACUGCAGCAACAGCAACCACAACAGCAGAACGGAUUUCAUGAUGCCACGAUGCACGCCACCCAAUCGCAGCCAGAAUUAAAUGGCAAACGACAGCUGCAGGAGGAGGAUUACAUUUUUCCGCUGGACGAGGAUCAAAUGGUGGACACACCGACGCCCACCAGUAACGCUAUACCAACAUUUGGAAUGAGCUCUUUUAAAAUGCGCAAGACCUCGCCAUCACGUUUGAAUAACCUGGUUUCCGGAAUACCAUCCACCGGUGUUAAGUCGUUGAAUGUUGGGAUUGUCCCCCGUAAUCGAUAUUUUCCUCUGCGGGAUCGUUACGGAGUGGAUUUAACGCCUCUAAGCUUUAUACCUGGCGGUCGUAUAGAUAAAUAUUUGGGCAACCUGAACUUCUUCUUCAUCCGAGAGAGCACCUCGAUCCGGGAGAAUGGCGGCAUCAGCGGAUUUGUCCAUGGAUUCAUCACUGAACUGCUGGCUGUGGUGAGGGCCCACAUAGCUUCGCUGGGUGGGAAUGCCAUGGUCUCAUUUUACAUCACUGAACUAAUGUUGUUCGAUAAUCAGCACAAGAAUCAGGGUCAGUGUCUGAUUAGCAUUGGUGGCGAUGCCGUCUAUGUGAGCUACCAUGCCGAUGACUGAUAUAAAAACUUGCGGGGCAUAUAGCGCCUAUUUUAUGCGAAUCGUCCCAAAAGCCUCUACUCUCUAUUUUCUUCCGCUUAGCUAGAACUGUCAGCUCUGCCCAGCAACUGAAGUUAAUCUAACACAAGUUUACUUAACAACUUUACAGUCUCUGUAGUUGGAUUCUUUAUGCAAUAUUUUAACUGUGAGGAAUCGUUAGUAUCCUUAGCCUAACGUAGUAGUGCGAAUUUUUUCGGUCUUGUUACUUGUUUGCUUGAUGUUUUUAGCGUUAAACCAAUUGCAAUUUCUGUACAUAGUUGAUGUUUAUUGAAUAUUGAAUUUAGAACGAGUGCGAGACAUAAGUAUACUAACGAUAUAUAAAAAUGUUGCCACCACAAACAUGACACACAUAUAUACUCGUACUCCUAGAUAUCCAAUUUUGGCGUGUAAAAUAUAAUACAUACAAUAUUUAAAAAUAAAACAAUUGCUCAACUAAA